CUUCGUCCGAUCUUUUUCUGCAAAAGAACACAAACUCCCAUUCUCCUUCACAGAGUUUCCCAAAUUCCCAGAAAAGAUGGAGCACAGGACCUGCACAGGCGUUGUAUUCCUCUCCCUCUGUUCAUGCCUUGUUAUUUUAUGCUGUUUUUCUGGUGGUGCUGCGGCCUACCAAAACUACACUGUUGGGGACUCCUUGGGUUGGUUUGAUAAUCUCAAAGAACCCAAAAUCAAUUACAAGAAAUGGGUCUCUGGCAAGAACUUCAGCUUGGGAGAUUUCCUCAUUUUUAAUACGGAUAAAAACCAUUCAGUCAUCCAAACAUACAAUGUCACAACCUACCGGCGGUGCGACUACGACAAUUCCGAAGAGGAUGACACGAUCGAUUGGUCCGCCGGGGAGCCCACAUUCUCAGCUCAACCUGUGACUGUGGAAGUCCCACUACUUAAAGAAGGAAUGGUGUAUUUUUUCUCAAGCAACUACGACGGCGAGCAAUGCAAGCAUGGGCAGCAUUUCAAGAUAAAUGUGACACAUGGGCAGGGACUGCCAAACAGUCUCAAGAGCCCUUCGACGGAAUCGCAGGGCCCCACAGGCCAAGCAGCCGACGAUGAUUCCGUGCCCGACACUGUAAUCCCAUCAAAUUUUAAUAACCCCGUGGAUGGUGGUGGGGGUGUUAAGGGGACAUCAGGGUCUGUUUCAUUAUCAAGGUUUUUGAGGUCAAGGGGUGGGAUUUUGAAUGCAAUUGGGGUGAUGUUGGGGGUGUGUUUGGGUGUAUUUUGGUGAUUUGGAAUAUUUCAUUGGAGAUCUCAUCUCACAUGCAACUAGUUGUAGAUGAGAAGUUUGUGCAACUAGUUGUUUGUGGGGCUCACCAUGGCAUCCAACUCAUCCAAAGGGGUCGUGCCCACCAUCUAUGGACAGGUGGGAUGCCAAACAGGCCAGGGUAGGCCCCACGCUCUACUAGUGCGACGCUAGUUGCGUGUGAGAUUUUCUCAUUUUAUAAAGUGGGAAUAUUGUAUCUUAAUUUAGGGUAAGUUUUUUUUAUGUGUUAUUGUGAUGAAGAGAUUGAAUUGGGUUAUUGGUUUGUAAUAUUUUUGGGAAUGAUAGAGAUAUGUAUUUUUUCUUAUAGUUCGAAUAAUCAAAUAUUACUUGCAAUGCUUGCUAA